AUGCUCUGGAUUUUAGUUUUAUUCGUUUGGUCUGUUUUUGGAGGGCUGCUUUUCAGUGCUAUUGAAGGUGGUAACGAUCGAACGCUUCUACUCCAAGAAUUCCGACGUCAAAAAGAUAUCUGGGAUAAGAGGCCGUCGUUUCAAGAUGAAAUUUUUCAGAGAUUCCGGAAUGUUGAAAACGAUCUAGAUAAUUAUGCAGCAAAGAGAGGGUUAGGACCGGAUGAAGCGGGGAAGGCGCUAGUUCGAGAAGCUCUUGAAUGGUAUGAGGAAAAGAUGGGAAUCACUAUCACCGAGCCAGUGAUGGAAGACACAAAAUGGGAUAUAUUUGGAGGAAUUUAUUAUUCGGCUAGUUUGUACACGACAAUCGGCUACGGUAACUACUUCCCACAAACAACCACCGGCCGAAUCGUGUCGAUGUUAUACGCAUUUGUCGGCAUCCCAUUGGUUUUCACCAUUCUGCUCGAUUGGGGCUUCCUCUACUUCACCUGGAUCGAAUAUUUUUGGAAUCAUAUGAACCAGAAGUUCUGCAGGAGUCGCAUGGCGCGUGACAAUGAGCGAAAAAUUCGGAAUGAGCGUGUGCGCCGGGUUGGCAGUGAAUUAUCGUUAAGGUCGACGUCGACGAUGCCGCUACUUUCGGUGCAUACGGCUAAUAGGGAGCUCGUGAAUAAUACUGAUCAUCAUAUCGAAUCCAACAAGCCACUUCAAGCCCUAGAUGUGGUAUUGAGUGAGCAAGAGCAGAUUAAGACCGUUCCCUUAAAGUCAGCCCUCAUCUUCUUCAUCAUGUGGAUCUGCUUCUCUGCGUGGGUGGUACGAUUAUGGGAGUAUGACUGGACGUACUUUACUGCCUUUUACUUCUUCUUUACAUCCCUCACCACUAUCGGACUCGGUGACGUCGUCACAAAAUCCCCAAAAUUUAUCAUGUUCCAACUAUUCAUGACGCUUGUCGGGCUUUCGGUGGUCGGUUUGAGUAUUGCUAUCAUACAGAGCAAAGUACGGCUUGUAUUUGAUCGACUCAUUCGAUCGAUUGAUGCCCAAUAUCGCAUCAAGCAAAUCGAUCAAAAUGUGGCGACAAUGAGCAUCAUUACUGAUGAGUACGAGGGCAUUAAAAGGCUCUGCGACUCACAGCCCCUCCAAGAUCGACUUGUAUUCAUUGCUAUGGAUGAGCACAAAAUGAGCAUGCUACGCGAGAGAUGGCGCCAAAAGAGCCGAAUGGUUAAUAGGAUUACGCAAACGUACCCGUCAAAAGCAGAUAAAUUUGUGCAGACCGGAAAUCGGGUAUACGAUCAGCCGAAUGUUGGUGAAGAAGGCGAAUGGGAAUCAGAAUAUUCAUAUGACGACGAAGAAGGCUCAGAAGAGGACAGCGAAGGCGGUGAACUCGACGAGCUUGGUCGACGCGUCCCGCCAAGCCGCAAAUAUAUCUAUACAAUUUUCGAU